AUCAAUACCCUUGCUUGUUUUUGAAGUUUACCUCUAAAAGAGAAUAUCUGUGCCGAUGUGGCUAAACGAUAAUCCGACCAUAGUUUAUUUAUUUAUUUGAUUAUUUGAUUACGCAGUAUACUCAUGUUUCACCGAUGCGACGGAGAUCAAGCCUAUAAUUGAAGUAAAUCGGACAGUCCGACUCGGAAUCGACCUAAAAACUUUGGCACACAGACGAAGAACUCUCCGACGUGUGGCAUGCCGAUUUUCCCCGCAAACUGGGGUAAACAUCUAUACUUCACAUUGGUGGAAGGAAGGUACAGAACGACAGGAAGACUUGUAAAGGGCCUGAGCAAAAAGGUGUGGAUAGUGUAGCGCGGACUGCACAGAGAGCCAGGUGCGAUACACUCUAGACGGCCUGAUAAAACCCGCUGACCUGUGACUCGACGACAACGGGGACUGUUGUCCUUCGCAGCCGUGGAUUUAGACAGAUUACGUUAUCUUACAUUCAGCUCUCCAGUGCUUGUUAAACAUUCCAUUAUCUACCGGAUUUGUGUGUACUGGAACACACCCGAUUAACUGUUCCCGAUCUGUCAAGGCAUUCCACUACACGUGCUACACAGCGCGGCAAAGAUUCAUAUUCUCAAUCUGAUGUGGAGUGCGACCGGCUCACAGCUACAUAGGAAAAGGGAAGUAAAAGUAGUUCCCUGAAUUCUGAUUGUACGAACUACAUUUCUUCGCGCUUUUCGUCUUUCUUGGUCAUGUAUUAAGUUAUUGAUCCCCAAUGGAUUACGUGGAUUGGAUGGAUUAACUCUUUGGUUUACUAAUUCGCCGAAGGAUUCAUCUUCUUUGACAACGGUCAUGGAAAGCAUUUCUCCUGUAAUCAACCGUGCCCGGUUGUCCCGAACGCCUCAUGUUAAGGAUUAAUAUCGUUAAAGACCCAACCGGAUUACUGGAAUUCACCGUUUCAACUACAUGUGAUCAAGAAACAGUUUUUCCAACCAAGUCUGCUAGAAAGGAUUUACCUUAUUAACGUACUUUUAUAUAUUAAGUUUACAACUCGUUUCACCGCUGAAAAGUUGUGGAGAAAAGAUUUACUUUGUGAACUGGAAAAAAGUUUCCCCGUCAGGUGUUCGAUAUUUGUGUCAUCUUGUACGAGAAAAAAAUUUUCAACAAAGGAUUAUACAGUUCUUGGUUAUUUCUCCAGCUUUUUGACGGGAAGGAAACUGUACUCGACCAAGGACGUAUAUUUAUCCUGGCGUAUAUUUAUCCAUAAGGAUGCACUCUAUGCAUUUCUCAUGAUAUCACUGAAGUACUGCCAUCAGGAUUACCUCUGUGACGUAAAAAGUGACGUGUCCGCCAUACUGCACACGCUGUCAUGACACCAGCAUGACGCAAUGUUGCGCGAGCAUUUGUUUGGCUGUAUCGUGAUGAUACAGGCUGUGUCGUCUGCUCUUUCUAUGAGGCUGGACGAUGUUCACGCCCUGUCGUUCUGUGGCUCCCUGGGAUGUGCCAACAACGCCACAUGUCGGACUACCUUGACCAACAACGAAAUAGAAGGAAGUCACGUGACAUAUUCCGAAUGCGUCUGCCAAGGAGAUUGGAUAGGACCAAAAUGUGACCACCUUUUGUCGCUCAACCUGUUACGUCAUCAACAUGACGUAGCCGACCUUGUAGCUGACGUCAUACAUGUCAAGACGACUAGACGAGGUGGCAAACGAAACAGAAGACCAAAGACAAGACCGUUUGAACUGAGCUUCAGUGUUCAGUACUGGACGAAUGAUUCAAUGGCUAUGUGCAAUAUAAUGACCGAAGUCAGGUCGAAAACCUUUCACCUAAAAGGGCUUAAGCCGGGGACGUUUUACACUGCCUGUGCCAGUGCGGUAGGUGUAGAUCUGUGUUUCGCAAAGACUCCACAAAGAAUGAAUUCCGUGUCCAAUUGUGUCUAUUUUCAAACUCUCGUCGGGAACGAGACUCUCGUGGCGGCUACUCGGGAGAUAUCUCCAGUCGUAGCGCCUUUAACCUUAACAAUUUUCUUUGUGAUAGUACUAUUGAUUUUCGUUGUGAUUCUGGUCAAAUGCCGAACCUGGCAGUACUGUCGGAAAAACGGAUCAUUACUUCGGCGUCGUAUUUUGACUUCAUCACGCAACUGCAAAUGCCCUUGUCUUUCAUCCGUUUCAACGGAAACGAGGCCGGAGCCUCGAACUGACGGUUGGCUUCUCCCCAAGACAGCCAAUGGGCGGUUCAGAAACUACAGCAAACGCCGCCACCCCCAUCCAACCGCUAUACCGCUGACAACGAUCAUCGAAUACAAAACCGAGGAAGCGGAAACGUCCGCUAGUCCCCUAGUGGUGGACGAAGGAAUUGCCACUGAGGAAAAAUCAUAACUGAAUUGUUUUAUUUUUUCUGAAUAUUUGUGUGUUUGGAUCCAGUACGAAAGAAUGUACAUAGAUGAAACCUUGAUUUGUUUUUAUGAAAGAAGAAUAGCGCAGCCUCUAAAGCUAACGAGUAAUUGAAUGUUUAUAUUGUGUACUAUUUGUCGCUGCGCAGUAUUAGAUUUUUU